AUGUCGAAUAAGACGUAUCCGUACGCCUACAAGAUGACUCCCACUCACGACGAUUUCCCCGAGGUGGCACCCGGUCAUGACUUGCCCGAGGCCUAUCACCAGUCGCAUCCGGAGCCAGUUUGGUCGCCUCAGCCAUCUAUCGCGCCGACAUAUGUCUCUCAGCCGCAAAGUGCCUACCCACCCAGUGCCUAUGGACAGAAUGGGCAAUACACCGACGUUGUGAAGCCUGGCUCAGCGGCUGGACCUGGAACUGGAGUGCCUGUAGGAGGUGUCAUGUCUCAUGAUGCCUCAUACCAAGCUCCAGGAUCCGCUGACCCGGAAAAGACUCAUCCUCCUGCGGCUGCUGCUGCUACUGUCUGCGGAAUCUCCCUCGUUCUUCUUCUAUCAAUCGUCAUCGCCAUCCUAUCUGCCGCGGUUAUUGGAUUAGCAGCUGGUACCGGAGUCGCAGCCAGCAAUUACAACGAUGCACAGUCCCAAGUGCGGCAGUUGAAGGCUUCACUGUCUGCAGCCCAGGCCAAAGCCACGCCUACUUCCUCGAGCAGCAGCAGUUCUGGAACCUCUACUCCAACAGACUGGAACAGCAUCACCAAUGGGUGCUCAGACAACCCGGGAGAUGUCAACGGAACCAGGUACACAUCUCAAUCUUUCGACAAUGCCAACUUUACCAUGUACUGCGACAAGGAUACCCACAGCCUCUCGCCGGUAUACUCUGUUUUCGCCAACACCUUCCAAGGCUGCAUGGAUGCCUGCGCCGGAUGGAACCACUACAACACGACAAAAGGAAAAUGCGUGGGCGUCUCCUUCAUUCCCGAAUGGAGUGUCUUGGCCACUGCGCUGCAAGGACACGCUCCUGGAGACUGCUACCUCAAGCCUUCUCCGUUAUCCACCCACAACCUGACGGAUCCCAACAUUGGCGGUGGCGAGGUCCACACUGGUCUGCUCGUCUCAACGUCAAAAAAUUGA